UCGUCCGUUGGUGUCAAACAUUUGCAGGAAACGUGGGCGGUCUGUUCAGGCAGGCAGAUUAUUAUUUUUUUUUUUUUAAUUUAAUGUGGCGACAGUUGCGAAAAGGCUGAUUUGUUGACCCACGAGUGGCCGUGAUCCUAAUCUGGACACGCGUCGCAGUGAAAUCACGAAAGGAAUUAAAUUCGUCAAAUUUAAGGUUUUAGCGUAGUAUUGUUGGAUAGUAUUUUUUUUUUUUUUUUUUAAAAGAAACAACACCUAAGAUAUAUUUUAAUCGCUGCGACAGAAUGGACCGAGGCGGCUGUCAAAUGAAUGGUGGCGGCGGUGGAAGUGGCCCCGUCGACGGCGGCGGCAUGAUCACCCUGGAGGACCUGGAGUCUUUCUCCGAGGACCAGCUGUCCGACUCCGGCAACGGGAGCCUGGAGGACGAAGACCCCGACCGACUGCUGCACUACUGGCAGGACGUAGCCAGGGGACACCAAGUGGAAGUUGCAAAUGAAAUGGCUGAACCCAUUCAACAGCUAACAUCCAAUAACAACGGACACGGUAACAGAGAACACAUCCCUUUCACCCUCCUGUCACGGAAAGAAAAGUGUGGAGAGUUGCUGUAUGAGAAGCGCCACUAUGAAAAGGGCCACUGGGCCUGCAUCACAAUACGCGAGGAGACGUACGAACAGAGCAUCUGCUACGGCUUCAUGAGGAUAAUGAGAUAUAUCUGCCAGCAGAACUCUUUAGGCGACUACCUGGGCAUGUCAUUGCCCAUCGUGACCAUGGUGCGCACGGAUGAGAACCAUUCAGCCAUCGCCCAGGAAGUGACCGUGGCGUACUACCUGCCCACCGACCACCAGGCGCAGCCCCCUCAACCUCACGACAGCGACAUCAUCAUCGAAAUCUGGCCCGCAGCUGUGGUGUACACAAGGCCGUUCACCGGCCCCACAAACGAGUUGACCAUUGUGGGUCAGAUCAACGCCAUGGCCGAGGUGCUCGAGUCCCCCAGCGUGUGCGUCAAUGACUCGUUCAUUGUCGCCGGCUACACCAACCCGGCCCACAGCCAGCGCCAGAAUGAGAUCUGGUUCCUGGAGCGCCGUUGACGGGGGACAGCAAAACGAGGUUCCCCGGCGGCAUUCCAUUCAUGACCCCCACACCCCCCAGUCCUCAGGUGCAACAUCAUCCUUUCUUAGUCGCUGCCUUGCCAGCUCAGCACACUCCACAUUCAUCACCCAUGCCAUAUGCCAUAUUCAAACCCUUGGGAGUGUUGUAAUAAAGCCGCUAAAUUAUCCUCCGUAGCAGACGUGCUGCCUCAUCUUGCUCCAUUUUUGUCCGUACCACAGCUUCUCACAUUUUUAGCUUGCGGACUCGUGAUGUCAAAUCUUUUAAGUCUUGAUGUACUUCUUUUAUUGUUCAAAUCUCGGGGGUUAAACUGUUCGAUGAGAUGAUAGAAUCAAAAACCAAGCGGUAAACCAUUUCUUUCUCUCUAGCCUGGGCCAUUAAACUACCGUGUUUGUGUGGUGAGUCGAUAGCGUGAUAUAGUUUGUCGUGUGAAACACAAUGCCUAUAAUAAUCUACCUGAAUGAAACUCGACACUAAUUGAGAAAAAAUACAUUAGUGCAUGAAUGUAAGCGAUAGAGAAUGUGUGUGCAAAAACCAAACUCCACUGCUGAAUGACAAUCAAAAGCACUUAAAAUAGAUCCAAGGCAAGCAAGUCAAAGCAUUCCUAAAGUUUCCUCCACCUGGGAAUUGUCGUCUUUUCUUUAUUUUUUUGCAAAACGCUCUUUGUACGUGCUACUUUGUGUUCGUGUGUACGUACUCACUACUGUAACAUGACAACCACUGCUGCUGAGUUGAGACUACAACCAAAUGCAUCUCUGAGAUCAGAUUCUUAGACUAUAAAGAAAGCGAAAUGUUGUUAAUGUAGUUUGAACUGUUUUUUCUGAAUGUUCUAUCAUAAAUAUGACUAAAUAUCAGUCUGACUUAAAAAAUAUGGGUACCCUUAUGAAGGUUUUGGUUAUUAAGAGUGCCCUUGUUGUAAAGUGGUGCUGAAAUAUCUUAUCAGGUAAAGACUGUAUAUUUUCAGUAUAUUUGCACAUUAAACUAACCAAUCCACCAGCUGUACUUAAAUUUUGUUUUUUGUUUUUUUUUUAAAUCGAGAUUCUAUAAAUUACAGGAUGUUGAAAUAGGACAAGGAAUCUUUGAUUUCCUCCAAUAUUUAUUUUUCUAAAAAUUACAUUUGGGGUUGCCCAAUUGUCGGUUUAAAAAAAAAAAUCCAAAGAUGUUGUUUUUCACACACUGACUUAAGUGGUCGUUCAAAGCUAUGAUACAAAAUGCAAGUCUGUUACUCCCCUGUGAGCCUGGUUAUACGGGAACAACCCUUCCUGUUUUAUGUUUGCUUAUUUGAGGCUAAUGUGUGCUGUGCUGUACUGUGAACAUAAGUGCAACAGAGCGCUACUGUGGUUUUAUUUUGGUCAAUAAACGUGCUUGUCUCCUGUUUUUGUAAA